AUGGAACCAGAAAUUCAAAACACUGUAGAAAAACGUCAAAGACGCCUUGCCAAAAACAAAGAAUCAGCCCGCAAAAGCAGAAAACGCAAAAAGCACUACAUAGACUUUUUAGAAAAAAAAGUAAAUGCUUUAUCACAAGAAGCAGACCGUCUACGUCAGCAAUUGUACAAAAAGCCAAAUAUUCAUGGAAAUAACCAUGAGCUCCGGAAUGCUUUGAUUCAUGGGGAAAAUAUAAAAGAUACAAUUGAAUCAAUACAAGAAAAGCUUUCUCAGUCUUGCAGUCAACGAAAAGAGCAUAUAAAAUUUUCCCUUGAAUUACCCAAUAUAAAUACAAGUAAUUUUUAUAUAGAAAAAAUAAGGGAAAUCGUUAUAUCCAAUUUCUCGUUGAUGAGGUCUUGGAUGUCAUGAUCCCAAACCAUGCAAAAUUGUUAUUGGUCAUGUGCCAAAAUCCUGAUAUAGAAGUACCUGAGCUUACUCCGGAACAAAUUUCGUCUAUUAAACAACUGCAGCCUGACUUAGCACAAGAGCAGGCAAAGCUGAAAGAAGUUGUGGGGGAACUUAAGCAGGUUAAAGAAGAAAUGAGUGAACUGCUGGAUUGAGGAGGGAAAAUUCCACAAGAAAUGUGUGAAUAUUUAACUAGAUAAUCAAUUAAUUAAAGAUUUUUAUAUCUUUUAACGCCUUAUGCCACAUCAUGUAGACGGCUUUGGUCCUGCUUAGGAAUCCCCAGCACGAAUUGUGCAUCACUCGGUAUUGGUCUGAAUGGUCUCUCGUGUUAGGAUUUUGACGGGUGUUCUUCCAGAUCUUGAGCCUUGCAUGCGCAAAAGCCAAAAAAGGAAAUUUGAAGCCUGGUUUAGAGAGUUGCCUGAGUGGCCUUGUGAUAAUGAUAGGAAUAUUGGGCUUCCCCUUUACCAGUUCCAACCCUCACCUUUUCCAAGAGGUAAAAUCUAAUCCUGAAAUUGACUAGGACUGGCUCCACACUGCCAUACGAAUAUUUAACAAAUGAACAAGUUGCUGAAAUUUUAUUAAGUCUUGAGAGCGAAAAUGUAGGGAUUUAA